CCUGGAUGUCAUUGGGUCAGUAGCGGAUCCUUCGUAGUACCUCUGCUUCCCGUGUCGGUUUUCUUAUUGGGGGCCGUUUGCUCUCGAUAUGGGCUGAUGGUCAAGACUCUGUGCAUCAAUGUACAACUGGCAAAAUGUAAGAACAAUCAACAGAACGAAAGGACAAUGGACAAAGAUUACCCAAAAAAGAAAAAAAAAACGUGCGCAGCGUGCACGCAUUCAAAAAGCGCACUGCCACAGGGGGCUGUUCAGCCUCCACUCUCACGUCUCAGCCUUCUUUUGCUUCCCGUCGGUCGGUGCGACGGAACACUUGGCACAGCUAGACUGAACAACGACAAGCGUCAGAUCGUCACUCCCCUAUUUUUAGUCGGGCUUGCUGAUUGAUCAUAUCUUUUUCCAGGGUUCGAGCUGAUUUGUUGGUCAGUAACAGACUUUCUUCUCUUUCUCUGCUCGCCAUCAGCUAUUGCCCCCCCUCAUCUUGCGUGUGCUGUUCCGGACUGGGGCUAACCGUUCCGGGGAAUCGACGGGUUCGCUGUUUCGCCUUCUUCUUGGGAGAUGUGACACUGCCGUAGAGGGACAAGAGAUGGAUGAUGGCUCUUGGCACGUGCGUGCGGCGUGGCUCCCGAGCACGCUUCUGGCCGGUCGGUGCGUACUGCAUGUUCGUGGGUGAGUGAAAAGCGGAGAGGGUUUCAUCCGAGCAGGCCAGCUGACGGGGUUUUGCUCUUCCACUUUGCUGCACCUGGACGAGAGAAUGCAAAGGGGGAAUGUGUGAUGGUGAUUGGGUUUCGCGUGGUGGUGUGCCCGUCUCGACGAGUCGGAGGGGCUUCCUUGGAAUGUGACAUGUCGUUGGAUGGUCGGUACUCGAGGCUGAAGAAUGCAUUACUGCCAAUGCAACAACGGUGCU